AUAUAUAUCCAUUGCUUCCAUUAACCAAACUAAUACGCGGCGACGGGCCUCUGCAUUUCUCCCAAUUUCUCUCCCUCCUCCCCCGUCUCUAUCACACCUUUUACCCUAGUUUUCAAUUUCAUUUCCAAGAAACCAGACUAUGAGAGCGUCUGAGUCUCCGAGAUUAAGAAAUACCCUUUUUUGAUUUUUAUGUAUAGACGAUUGGUCCUAGAAAUAAACGAAUAAAUUGCUUAAACUAAUCUGGAAAUUUAGCUUUUUGAAGGUCUACGAUCUCUUCAAUUUAUAAAAUUUAUGGCUCCCGAUCUCUCAGUCAUCCUCCCUCGGGUUCUCAUCGUCUCCAGGCGAACCGUUCGCAAGAACAAGUUCGUCGAUUUUGUUGGAGAAUACCAUCUGGAUCUGAUAGUGGGAUACGGGGCCGCGCCGGUGAUCGCCCCUCGAGUCUCCGGCGUGCAUAUGUUGCUGGACAGCUUCGAACCGAUCCACGGCGUUCUUCUCUGCGAGGGCGAGGACAUCGAUCCCUCUCUCUACGAAGCCGACGGUCUCUCCGAGGAAGAGCUGGACGACAUAAGGCGGCUGCACGCCAGCGACACCGCCAUCGACCGCGAGAAGGACUCCAUCGAGCUUAGACUCGCCAAGCUCUGCCUCGAGAGGAACAUACCCUACUUGGGGAUCUGCAGAGGGUCACAGGUACUAAACGUCGCGUGUGGGGGUACCCUUUACCAGGACGUAGAGAAGGAGCUGUCCAGGGACCUCCCAGAAUCCCAGAGAGUGGCUCACAUGGACUACGACAACUAUGACGGGCACAGGCACAAGGUGAGGGUGGUGGAAAACACUCCAUUGCAGAGCUGGUUCAGGGAUUCGUUGGCGGAAGGCGAUAUGGAGAUUUGGGUGAAUAGUUAUCAUCACCAAGGGGUUAAGAGGCUGGCUCAGCGCUUCGUGCCGAUGGCGUUCGCGCCUGACGGUUUGAUCGAAGGGUUUUACGAUCCAGAUGCUUAUAAUCCUGAAGAGGGUAAGUUUAUAAUGGGAUUACAGUUUCAUCCGGAGCGAAUGAGGCGGCCGGAUUCUGAGGAUUUUGAUUAUCCAGGAUGCCCAUCUGCCUAUCAGGAAUUUGUGAAGGCGGUGGUUGCAUAUCAGAAGAAGCUUAAUAGCUCAACAUGCGUGCCAAAAUCUGUAAAGUUUGACAAAGAAAUCGAAAAGAAGAGGAAAAACAUAAUCAGAAGCUUCUCAAUUGCAAAAAAUUUAUACACCAGGGGGCGUGGCAUGCCUCCAUCUAAGGAAUCGGAGCUAGAAGCCGGUGCAGAAUUUCUUGAGUCCAACACAGCUCUGAGUUUGCAACAAGAGAACAGGCUGAAGCAAAUGGGUGCCACAGUGAGGAAUGCAUGUUCUUAUUUUGAGAGGCUGAAGGUGAACGAGGGGAGAGAGAGUGUGGCCAGAAAUGUGAUGGGAAAGAUGUCAGUUGAGCAGCUAUCUGACCUGCUGUCAUUCUACCACAUGAUGGGGAACAUAUGUUCAGAAGUGUUGGAGAGAAAGCUUCAGGACAUUGUCAAUGAUCUUGCUUCUUGACUAUACCAUUCCACACUUUUUGGGUCCCCUGUUUUUUUGGUUAGGUCUACUUGGCAUGUGACUCAUAUUGUGGAUUCACAUGAAACUUGGGUGAUGGGUACUUGACCCUCCCUUUGUGUUUGUCGCUGCCGUGGCACUUUUUGUUGUUUCUUCUCAUGAUAAAAAUAAAAUUAAAAAAAAAGGGAGAUAUCUAUUUCA